AUGCGCUUUACACGUGGGUGCUACUUGCGGCUGUCACGGGUGCGGCGUCAGGUGGCGGGGCUCUCGACGACCACGAAACUCAACCCAGCCCCCGAUCAUUACGUGGCGUGGGGCAAAGCCAUCCUUACAGAGAAUUACAGACGCGUGGGCCCGGAGCACAUGUUUCGUACCGCCAUUCGUGCACAGCAGCAACUGCAGGGCCUUGCCGAUAAGUGGACACCUGACGCAAAGGUGUACUGCUGUGGCUCCAUGGUUACGUACGGGCAGAUGGAGUGGGGGAGCGAUCUUGAUCUCGCCUGUAUGUUUGACGAUCCGUAUCCUUCACAUGAGGUUCAGGCAAAGCGAACCGACAAACUCUGGACGGUGAUAAAGCGCUACGUUCCACACUACCUGCGAAACAAUCUACUUGGUCUCACAGAGGCUCGUACGCCUGUGGUGAAGCUCCGGUUUGCUAACGACGACAAGGUCGCGCGUGCGCGGUACACACCGUUGAGUGAGGAGGAGGAUCGUAAAGCCCGUACGGCGCUUCUUGAUGUGCGAAAUCAGUGCAUUGACGAGCGUGAGGUGGAGUACAUAGCUGAUAAAAUGGGACGUGAAAAUGUGGAGGGGAUUUGGGUGGACCGCACCACUUACGGCUGUCGCAUUGCUAUUCAGUGUCCUUCAAAAGAGCAGAUGAUUGAGGCGAUUGGUUUUUUUCCAGACGGCAAGAUCAUGACGCGGGGCAUGCGUGAGGACUACACACGUGAUGUACUUGACCCGCGGUUUGUGCCAGAGAUGUUUAUGUAUCGCUGGGACAUUUCUUUUGUAGGCUACGGCGUGAAAAAUAGCUAUCUCAUUCGUUACUAUUUGCACAAUGGCCCAAGUGCUGCACGACACGCGGCGAUGGCUGUUAAAGCGUGGGGUAAAGCCACAAACGUGGGCGCGGGAUCCGCUGCGAUGCUCACCUCUUACGCUGUGACCAUCAUGUUUUUGUAUUACUUGCUUGUGACGCAGCAAGUGCGGUGGGUUGAUCCGUGGUCGCUUCCACAUCCGGCGCAUCUCCCUCGUUACCCCGAUUUCUCGCCACUGCCUGAAUGUGACCCGACGGAGCUGGGGCGUUUGUUGCACGGCUUCUUUAUCUUUUACGCCCAUCACUUUGACUACGAGAAGGAGGUAGUCAGCCUCAACCGCAACCGGCGCAGUCAACGCUCCGACGUUGCAUGGAUUUUUCCGCAGAACAAGAAGGGUACAUUUAGUUAUAACUUCUGCAUCGAGGAUCCCUACGAGGAUGUGGGGAUGGGCGGCCUCAACUUGGGCCGCCACCUUCAUCCUGCAAAGUUUCAACUCGUAAAGCAGGAAUUCCUGCGAGCGGCGCAGUGUAUGGAAAGAUUUUCUCCAUUGACGGCGCCUGAGAAGUCUGUUCUUGGCGUUCGCCGCGCGGAGUUGCGCCAGUUUGAUAGGGGCGAUAAGGACAGGGACAGGGAUUGGUGA